AUGCCACGUGUGCUCGCCACCGAGUCGGAAGUCUUCACGCUGGACGAUGUGGAUGUGGAUGAGAUUGACGAGUUGAAGCCAGAGCACAGGUAAGCAUGAAUGGAAGGCGCAGCUUUUUGGAAGCUAGCAAAACGUUUGUUUUUUGCACAGAAUCACAGUGCCGAAAGAAGAAGAAGAAGAGAAGAGCCGUCUGGUAGAGUGCAACUUGGACAGUGACGAAGAGGACGAUAAGACGCCGCCGCCGGAGGAGGAGGACGAUAAGGGCCAGAACAUUCGGCAGUCGAGCAACAGUGAGUGCCAACUGGCUUCUCCCUAGUUGCCUGCUCGCUCCCCUAACCAACGGGUGUUCCAGACUCGUCGACGGUGGAAUCGAAAGAGCGGUGCCGUCUGCGCGACUCGUUCGACCUCGACAACGACUCGCUCUCCGACGACCUCGACCUCCUGCCGCCGAUCCCCGGCGCUCCGAACGUCAACAGCUCGUGGUGCUCGAAACUUCAUCGCUUCAACUGCUGCAACCCGCGCAUCCCCGCCAAAUGUACCAUUAUGUGA